AUGGAACAUGUCGCUGCCGAUAUGGAGCAGUUUAACGAGGGUCUGUCCGAUACUUCUACCACUUUGAAUCGGAGGAGAACCGUUGAAGAUGAGCUUCAGGAAUUGGAAGCAGAGUCACUUCAACAAUCAUUACCUGAGGGAUUUAACGUUGACGAGAAACCCAUAAGAUCAGAGCCUAUUCGAUAUCAUCGUGUAGCGCUUGAAAAGGGUCAUAAGUAUUAUUCUGUACUACUUAAUAUCGUUAAUGGUGCUAUAUGGGGUGUAUUAGCUCGUAAGGGAAUUAUGGUUUUAACUACUUAUGAUGGUUCUUAUUUAAGUGGAGUUCUUUGGGCUAAUUUUGGAGCUUGUAUUGUCAUGGGUAUAGCUGUCAAUAGUUCAAGGACUUGGGAUAUUCUAUUAGAAGUUCAUGGAUCAGAGUAUCCUAAUAAAGCUUCCAUUCCAUUUUAUACGGGGUUAACCACCGGAUUCUGUGGUACAUUUUCAUCAUUCUCAACUGCAAUGUUGGAAGCAUUUAAUAAAGCUGCUAACACUGAAAUUGGAGUUUAUUAUAAUUAUCCUAAUGCAGCAUAUGGAAUUAUGGAAUUUCUUGCUGUUAUUUGUAUUCAAUUUGGAUUAUCUGGUGCUGGUUUUCAUAUUGGAAGACAUCUUGUCGAAGUAUUUGAUGAAUAUGUUCCGACCUUGACCAGAGCUCAAUAUAAAAUCCUUGAAAAGCUGUCGAUUAUAAUUGGAAUCAUAGCUUUUAUUGUUGAUUGUGUUUUAAUUGGUGUUAAAAAAGAAUGGCGGUCAUGGACUUUUGCUGUACUUUUUGCUCCAUUUGGAGCUUUACUUCGAUUUUAUUUAUCAAAAUAUUUAAAUUCAAAAGUAAAGAAUUUCCCAUUGGGAACAUUUACCGCAAAUUUCGGCGGUACUUUGCUACUUACUAUCUUUACCUUAUUGGCUAGAGGUAAAGGCAUAACGGUUAAUCUUAUAACUUGCCAUGUUUUAAUUGGCUUAGAUGAUGGAUUUUGUGGUGCAUUGACUACGGUGAGUACAUUCGUAGUUGAAUUAUUUGGUUUGAGAACUUUACAUUCCUAUAGAUAUGGAAUGUUCUCAAUCUUGGGGAGUUUUGCUGUUAUUGUAUUGAUCUUAGGAUCAUAUAAUUGGACAAUUGGUUUAACUUCACCUAUCUGUUCUUAG